AUGAAUUUAGUGAGUGUAGAAGAUAUGGUUUGUGUGGUUGAUAAAAUUCUAGAUGAAACAAAUGACUCUUCAUUUUGGGAAGAAACAAUCCAAUCACAAGUUAAAGAGAAAGAUAGAAAGAUAUCAAUUGAUUCUAAUAUUAGUUAUCUUGAUGAGAAAGAAAAUUUAGUUUUUAUUAAAACCAAAGGAAUAAUUGAUAUUAACUAUCAACAAUUAAAUAACUUUAUGCAAGGGACUAUUUACUAUAGACUUAAUCCUUUUGUUGUUAAAUAUAAUGAAAUAGAAACAACUUCUCAAUACUCCAUUUUUGAAGUUGAAUAUAAUAUUUUUGGUUAUAAUAAGGUUGCAUUUUGUUGUAAAAAACAAAGUAUUAUUAAAAAUAAUAAACAUUAUUAUUUUAUUCUUAAUAUUACUGAUGACAGGUCUAAUGCAAUUCCUUUUAGAGACUCUCAAUAUCUUUAUCGUUGUUUUGUAUUCGAACAAUUGUCUUAUGGAAUAAAAAUAACUGAUAUUUUUAAAAUACAACCUACUCCUUGGUGUCAUCCUAUAGAUAACUUAAUGGGAGCAAGAAGACAGACACAAGUAUCUAUUCGUUUCUUUAAAAUGUUAUUAGAUAUUUCAGGGUUAAUGACAGAAGAAAUACCAUUAUAUAUAGAACUUGAACGGAAUGGAUUUGAAAAGAUAUUAACUCAAACAUUACCAGGAAAAGAAGUUUAUUCAAAUUGUAAUUAUAAAAUAUCUGAAAUAUCAAGGUUUAAGGGAGAUAUUAAUUUUCAAUGUGUUGGAAUAUUUAGAAAGAAGACAAAUUUAAAAAUGAAUAUUGAAACAAUGAUUAGAUUAGUAUUUCAAAAUCGUUGUCAAAUUAUUGAAAAACAAGAUAAUUACUUUCUUCUAAAGAAAGGGCCAAGUAAGUAUUAUGAUGCAACGCCUGAUACAAUAAUUUUUUCUUUAUUUAUUUAUUCUGAUGAAUGUUCUAUGUUUCAUUAUCAUUCAGCACCAAUAGAAAGAUUAAAUAAAAGCAAUUCAAAAAUGUUUUUCUUUAAUUCAGCAUAUGUUUUAUUAUCAAAAGAUAUUAAUGGAUAUUGGAAUGUUCAAUACUUUUUUGAUGUUUCUGAAAAAACAACUGAACUUUCUAUGGAAGUUAUACACACUUUCUUAAAUAAUAUGGAAAAUAGUAUUUAUUCUUAUUCAUCAUUGUUUAAUGAUACAAAAGAACCUUUUAAAUAUUCUACACUUCAAUUUGAAUUAGAAAAUAAGAAAAGUAUAGAAGGAACAUAUUUUUUUGUAAAUUUAAAUCAUACAAUAUUACAAAAAAUAUGUUUGUAUUUAACUGAAAAUGAUAUUAAAAAUCUUAAAGCUACAAACAAACAUAUUAAAACUAUUAUUAAUUAUGUAUUUUCUUCUGAAGACAAUCCAAAUAAUAAAUGUUCUAAAUCAUUAGAUGAUAACUUAUUAGUCCUUAAUUCUAAAGCAAUACCAGUUCUUCCUUCUUUAUUUAAUUUAGUAACUACUUUUAAUGAACCAACUGACAAUAAAUCAACAGUACUUCUAUCAAAUAAAAGUAUUUGUAGACUUCCUCUUCAAAAACAAUCUUCAUUGUUACCAUCAAUUAACUCGCUUUAUUCAACAACCUCUGAAAAAGAUAUUCAUAACCAAUCCUCAUUUCAAGUAUUAGAAGGUCAUUCAAAUGUAAUAAAUUCUAUUGAUAUUCAUUCAAAUAAUGUUGAAUUUAUUAGUGGAAGUUCUGAUAGAAAAUUAAAAGUAUGGGAUACUACACAUCAACCAAUAACAAAUAAAGUUUUUAUAGGUCCAAAUAGUUCUAUCGUUAGUUCUGUCUAUCAUAAUAAUUUUAUUUGUGUUGGUUAUAAGUGUGGUACAAUUAAAUAUAUUGAUACUGAAGAUAUUCAUAAGUCAAUUAUUUUUGAUUCUUUAACAGGUAAAAUUAAUGGAUUUUUACCAUUACAAAACAAUUCUUUUGUGGUUUGGAAUGACACAGUAGAAAUUAUUAAUUAUUUUAAUUUUAAGCAAACAAUAAUAUAUACUUACUCGAACCAUUUAAGGAAAGUUACUGUAGUAAAACAAUUUAUUCCUUCAGUUUAUAUUUCAGGAUCUGUUGAUAGAACAGUUCAUAUAUGGGACAUACGUUCUCAUUUUCCUACUAUUGGAGAAAUUAAACCUCAUAAAUCAGGAGUAUUACAAUUAGGAGUAAUAGACUCAUACCAUUUUUGCUCUAUUGGAAAUGAAAAAGUUUUGAUGGUUUGGGAUAUUCGUAAUCUUAAAUCUUCGAGCCAUUAUAUUGAAAAUAAAGUUGAUGCUAUUUGUUGUUCUAAUAAUCAAAUCAUUUGUGGAUGUGAUGAUUCAACAGUUAAAAUAUAUAAUUCUUCUUAUCAACUCAUUAAAACACUAACAUGCCCGUUGAGAGGAACUAACUUUACUGUCAUUUCAACAAAAAAUAAUUCUCUUGUUGCAGGAAGUAGAAAUGGGAAUUUAUUUUAUGUUACGGGAUUGUAA